AUGAGCGAUCCUGUCGACCCUCUGGCCAACGAGACCAUUGCUCGUACUUUCGUUCUUCGCGAGAAGAUUAAUACAGAGUCCUUUUUACCUCAUAUGGACAUCCACGCCCACGAAAGUCCUCUGGUUCAAUCUGAGUCGGGGAAGCACCGCAUAUAUGAACGAGGGACAAAUGGAUGGGGCUUUACCGAUGUUCCAAGUCCGGUGAGCGGAGAGAACGUACGGGCCAAGAUCACCGGUUUACGUAACAAGACAGAGUCAUAUGAAGUCUAUGACCGGGUUUUUGACAAGCAAAUCCACGGCCAAAAGGUGGAGAAGACAGUCACAUUUGGGGAUUUGAACAACUACUCGGCAAACGACAAACGCUACAACGAGGACUACCAUUUUGCCAGUAACAACUGUCAGGACUAUCAGGAGCAGUUUCUAGCCUCGCCGCAAACCAGGAAUGAUGUAAGUGGCCGGUUCUCUGAGAGUGCCUUGGCACCUAGUGAUUCUCUCGCCCAAAUCUCCGACUCAGACGGCUCUCACGGUAUCGACCUCGACAGCACCACUCUUCCCUCAAGUCAUGAUAUUUCCGGUCAUGGGAGAGCAUCUACAACAUCCCCGGGAAAUCAAGCCACCGGCUUCGAUGAUAUAAUCGAUGGUACUUUGCCGUCUCUCUUCGCAGCUCAAGCUCAGUCCGAUGCGAACGUAGAAAGCGAAGCUCGCAGGAGAACCAGCCAGUUCGAGACUCACGCACCUGGCAUAUUAGGGGCGGCGGAAAAUGCUGUGAACUGUUUCCGCCAGGGCCAGUACUUUACUGGAGUAUGGAAUACAGGUAUCCUGGCUUGGUCAUGCGCUGUGCUUUAUAGCACAGGUGGUGCAGUGUCGAUUACUGUAGAAGCACCACCGAACUCAGACGGAUCUCCUAGGGUGCGGCUAGCAGUCGCGGGACUUAUCAGUCUUGGAUGA